AACAAAACCUGCUGCAACUCUUACCUUAAACAUUUCGGACAAACCAAGAAAGUAUAACUUUCAAGGAUAUUUGAUGGGAAGCAGAGGAUUUAUUCCUGGCAACAGCCCAAAGGGAUAUUACUCAAACAUAGCAUGUGAAUGGAAGUUGCCAGGUGUUAAAGCAUUCCGAUAUCGAAUGCAUACACAUCAUGCAGGUUAUCAUGUAGAGGCAUUUCUAGUGAGAAAUGGUACUUGGACUUUACUAGGAAGCGGAUCACCUCAAGAAAAGGCUAAGAACUGGUUUAAAAUACCUGGUGGAAAUGUAAAUAUACGACGAGGAGAUAUAUUGGCAGCUAGGUGUCUUUAUAUUAACAAGGAAAAAACACCUAUAUAUUUUGGUAUGGGUGAUGACAACGAAAUGUGUUUGUUUGGAAUCGAAAUAGGCUUUCACGAUAAAGACAAGCAACACUUCGCACAGGAACUGCUUUGCGAGACAGAAUCUCCAUCAUUCCAGUUCAAAAACUUCCCUGGUAUAUUGGAUUAUUUCUAGUUUCAAUUGAGAGUUGCAGCUUUAUGAAGCAAUGUUGAAACAAUAAAUAUUGUAAAAAUAAACAGUUCAAAUUGA